CUUGAAUUUUGCUUAAAGCAGUAUUUCACGGUGGCUACUUACUUCAUUAUUGCUGCCAGUCAUACGUGUAAUGGGCUAAGUUCAAUUACCUCGUAAAUUGUACUUGUAUAUAGCAUCUGGGUAGUUAGCAAAAAUCAUAAAUUUGUUGUGGUAAUAGCUGUGUCUUUAAUGAGUUCAUUAUUAUUGAUGAUUAAUGCUAUUCCUUUUGUUAAUUUUUUAUUGUGUCCAAAAUAAUAUUUUUUAAGUUAAAUAAGUUAAUCAGAAUCGAUUAGCGGUAUUAAUUCUAGACUAAGUCUAAUCAAGCUUAGUCGCACAAAUAUUUACAAAGAAACGGUAUAAAAAUGCAACAUUUUUUAUUUCAGUGCAAAACGCUGACAGGGUUUCUCUGUACAAUAUCGUUUUCAUAAUACACGUUGUGUAUCCAGCGAGUAUCCCUCACAAGGACGUGAAAUUUACCCUGACAUCGUUGAUGGAAUCGGCAUUACCAGCCAUACAUCCGUUAAUAGCGGCUGGAUCGAAUAGAUGCGAGACCUUAAAGAGCUAUUUUGGUCUAACGUACGAACAGAUGACUGGAAAGAAUAUCACCUCUUUCUACGACUCGCUGGAAAUUGACCAUAUCACUAAGAAAGGGAGCAUCAAAUACAACAUGACCGAGUCCAGGAGGAUGAGUAGGCACCUUCCGAAUUUCCAUGGCACGGUGGUGUUAGUCCACGGUUUCCUGGAGAGUUCAGAUGGUGUGAUGGUGAAAGGGGUAGCGCCUGUGUUGAUGAAGAAACCAGGGUUGCUGCUGCUAGCCCUGGAUGGAAGGAAGCUGAUCAACCUGGAGUACUUCCGGUCGUCGACUUAUGCUAGAUUUAUGGGAGAGCAUCUCGGAGAAUUUUUGAAUGAUCUAGUGACAGCCGGUCAAGAUCCAUCGAAAAUCACUUUAAUCGGGCACAGCCUAGGUGCCCACAUAGCUGGCAUAGCUGGAAAAAAGUUUCGCCAGCUGACUGGUAAACAGAUCGGGCGCAUUACCGGCCUGGACCCCGCCGGGCCAUGCUUCAGCAAUGUCAGCGCCGCCGGUAGACUGGGCGCGGAUGAUGCUGAGUACGUCGAUGUGAUACAUACGAGCAGCGGCAUCUUAGGACAACGAGAACCUGUAGGUAAACAAACAACAAAAAAUAAGACAAAUACUUUACACAGGCAAGAUCCAUCGAAAUUCACAUUAUUCGGGCAGUCUAGGUAUUCAUAUAUCCAGUAUAGCUGGAAAAAAGGGUCGCCAUGUGACUGUUAAAGAGAUCGGGCGCAUAGCGGGCCUGGACCCUGCCGCGCCGCACUUCAGUAACGUUAGCACCGUCGCGUCGGUAGACUGGGUGCGGACGAUGCUGAGUACGUCGAUUUGAUACAUACGAGCGGUGGCAUACUUGGACAACUAGAGCCUGUACUGGCAGACAACCAGCGAAUUUACCUAAAUUAAACUUACUUAUUUAUUAAAAUAUAACAUACUGGUAUAACAUAACAUAACAUAACAUAUUUACAAAUCUCAUCGACUCUGCGGGCAUACUACAUCUUCUUUUCCGUUUAGCUUACCUAUACUGCGAAUGUUGUCUGGAAGAGGUCGCUUUUAGAGAUAAGACCGCCUUUGCCCAUAUAAUUGGUAAAUGUAUUCUUCGAACCUAUAUUUAUUUUGUAUGUGAGCAAUAAAGUGUUUAUUAUUAUUAUACUGGUAUAUUCUUUUAAGAAAGCAACAAAUUCUUAAUAUCAUGAACUUUGUAUUGCAUGUUUUUCUUAAAAUAAAAAAAAUAUAUGUACAGUAUAUUUUAUAUACAAAUUCAGUCUGUCUGAAUGUUAGGUUCCUACGCAUAACCUUGCUGAAUCGAUUUUCAUGACAAAGGCCACCCUUUGACGCAUAAGAGUAAUUGAAAAAGGGAAUGAAAGUUUG